UCCUGUUCCUUACUCCUCUAGCCUAUUCGUCCCCCUCUUCGUCUUUCCUUGUCUGUGCGUUGAUUCUCGCGGUAUCUUCGUCUCGCCUUCACGUCCACUCGAGCUCGCUAGCAAACUCGCAUCGCCACGGCCAUCCGCGACACCGCAAUUGCUCGUUCGCGUUUUCCAUCUCUCUCAUACAUUCUUUCCCUUUCUCUUUUCCUCUUUUGUUUUACCGUCUUUUCCAACUCUGUUCUUCUACCUCUCGCUCCAUCUCUCUUCCUCCUCUUGCUCCGUUUGCUCUAUGUACAUAAUAUACACGAGCCUCGCUCCCGAUCAUAGAGCAGUGGCGCGAGUUCUCGUACAGCCAGCAAAAGACCGGAUCUCUUAAUUUUCAUCUAGUCGCCGAUCGGUGUACACAUAGCAUCGAUCACUCUCCCGAUUUUCCAUGGAAACGAAAGGAUAACACGCGAUCCUUCCUUAGUGCGAAUUCCAGAUAGAAAAGCAGCUAUAAAAGCGAGAAGCGAAAACGCAACAGGGGACAAACAUCCGAAGUAAAGUGACCUGAAGAAAAUUACAAGGAUAAUCACGAGAUGAAAAGGAGAAGUGACGACGAUGGUAAACCCGUGGCCAAGUAUCGACAUCGAGAGUACGUCUUGAUCGGAUAUGUCGGAGCCACGGAAUCAACGUCACAGUCUACCAGGGAAGCGAUCGUUAAGCAAGAGGAGGGGAAAGCAGUGGCGGUAACGGCGAUAAAGAGCGAGGACGUCAUCGGGCACGAAGUCGGCCAGCAGCAGGAGCAGGAGCAGCAACACCAGCAACAGCUGGCAUUUGUGGCGACCGAAGAGGUCGGAGAGGAAGAGAGCGGUGUGGGCGUGCUGGAGGCGGGACAGCCGGAAAUGGAAAAUGGCGCCAUGGUCGAGUCAACUGGUGCUGAAGCAGUUGCUAUUGCGGUCGCCGCCGUCGCCGCCGUCGCUACCGACGAUCAUACUAAUGAGGAUCCCAACGCCACUUACACCCUUCAUGAGCUUGAUUAUCAUCCGACACAUAUAAUCCACGAGAGCUUUGGGGGCGGCGAUAUGAGGGAGGAGCAGCAGCAGCAGCAGCAACAGGUUUCACAGCCGCCCCACCAAUCGCACCACCAACAGCGGCAUGACGCGCACCACCAUCAUCAACAACAGCAGCCGCAACCGUCGCAGCACCAUCACCAACAAACGCAACAGUACGUUCAGCUCGGGGCGAGAGAGGUCCCGGUUCCCGAGGGAGGGGAUAACCGGCACCCGGCAGAGGCCUCCAUCGCAUCGGAGGGACGCCGCGUCGGCAGUCACAUGCCUCAUUCCACGAUGCAUCGUUACGGUACUGAGACGCUCUCACCGACCACGACGGAUCACCAUCAUCAUCAACAACAACAGCAUCAUCAUCACUUAGCUGAGGUACAUCAGCAUACCACUUUAUCGUCCGCGCACCGUCAUCUGGAGGAUCCGCAGCAACAUCAUCAAGAAACUGAUGAAGAUCGAGGGGUGAGCAGCAUCAGCGCAGCCAUGAGAGGUGCACGAGGUGAUUAUUUAGGUGUGCUAUUCCCGAAUCUCACCUCGUCGAACGCCACAUCUAGUAAUGGCGGCAGCAAUCACCAUCAUCACACGUCACAUCACUUGGAGGAUGUAUUGUCCGAGGGGUCUUAUCUGCAACAUUCGAUUCGCGCUGGUGGAGUUCCUCCGACCGGGGAUGGUUCUCCGUCGAUGAGGACCGUUGGUGGCUCCUCGACUUCUAGCCACAGUCCGCACGACGAUCAGGGUCUCUCGUCGCCGCAUCGUCAGACUCAGGAAGCCGGUUAUAGUCCCACCGAUCAGGGUAGAUUGCAAUCUUUCACGCAUCUUACGGCUAUGCAGCCACCGUCGGUGCAGACCAAUCACGGACUGCAGGAUGCCGAGCGUGUAUCCGAUCAGCUGUACAUCGACACGAUUUAUACACACCACGCCGCAGGUACCCCCCAUCAUCAUCAGGAUCAACACGACCAAGGCCCCUCCGCGCCGCACUCACCUAGCGGCCCUCUCUCCAGUUCAUCGUUAUAUCGACCAAUGACUGGUGUGAGUGCGAUGGCUACUGCAUCUGGAACUGGAGGAACUUAUGCUCUUCCCUAUAUGACGACUAGUCCUACGGAACUAGCAUCGCCACCUCAACUUUGGAAUGCUCAAGUUACAGGUCUGAGUACCGGACUAUCUAUUUCUGAGGAUUAUGGCAGCAGCAAAUCUUCAGGCACCGUAUCCCAUCAGUCUUUACCAGCAUUUUCGCAACCUUUUGGCGCUCGAUCGAGUUUUCGCGGCUACAGUCCGCCAUAUUCAUCCUCUCAGCAGAAUACCACGGGCACCGUUGCUGUCACCGCCGUAGACGCCAGUUGGGCUUAUGCAUCGCCUACGACGGAUCCCCUAACGACUCAAUAUGGUACACCAUCGAGACGACAAACUGUUAAUCCGGCAACAGCACCAACGCAGCUCAGCGCCGCGGCAAGUUUAACUGCAAUGCACAACAUCGAAGCGGAGUACUUUACGGAGGGCCGCGAGUGCGUGAACUGCGGCGCGAUUUCCACACCUUUAUGGCGUAGGGAUGGUACUGGACAUUACCUCUGCAACGCAUGCGGUCUCUACCAUAAGAUGAACGGAAUGAAUCGUCCAUUAGUUAAACAACCACGUCGCUUGUCUGCCACGAGACGCGUUGGUCUCGCUUGCAGUAACUGUGAAACUACGAUGACGUCGUUAUGGCGUCGCAACUCACAGGGCGAACCAGUAUGCAACGCCUGCGGUCUUUACUUCAAGCUGCACGGUGUCAACAGGCCAUCGACUAUGAAGAAAGACAGCAUUCAAACGCGCAAGCGGAAACCUAAAGGUGGAAUGAAAAGCAGCGAUACGCCUCUUUCGGGCAAUGUUGCGCAGUGCACGAACAACAAUAAUAAUAAUAACAACAACGUUAAGCUUGAACCAGACACUUAUAGCGAUCUGAGAAUGGCUCAUACUGGCGUAUCGCAAGUGACAUAUCCAAGUAGUCUCUAUGGUACUCCUCAAUCUUCGAGCAGAAUAGUGCCCUAUCAGCCCGUUUACUACGAUAUGAUCGCUUCGCAGCAGCAGCAGCAACAGCAACAACAGCAACAACAGCAUCAGUUGCUAGAAACUCAUUCCCCUAAGAUCGAAUGCCCGUCUCCACCUUGUACUACACGCUCCCCAGGGAUGAUUUCGGCUGGUCAAUCACCCGAUCAUCACCAGCUCACUUCACCGCAUAUCGUCACUCUAGGUAGUCCAUCAACCAGUCCAGCCGGUUCUAAGAUUAUGUUGGACAAUGGUCAUCUUGAAAGAUCUACGGUUGUGUCGAUAUCAUCUUAA